AUGGCUGACUCUCACUUGUCUGGCUCCAUAGGAAGCUACAACAGCAGUUUCCCCACCGCCAACGCUUGGAGCAUCAAUGGCAGUGGUCCAUGGCUGUUGGCCUUCAUGCUGACCAUCAUCAUCCUCAUGACCGUCUGUGGUAACAUGUUGCUCAUCGCUUUGGUGUUUGCACAUCGGUCUCUGCGCUGCACCUCAAACUGCUUCCUGGUGUCUCUGUUCUUGUCUGACCUGAUGGUGGCGCUGGUGGUCAUGCCCCCAGCCAUGCUCAACGUGCUUUGCGGGGCCUGGGUGCUGUGGCCCGCCUUCUGUCCAGUUUGGCUUUGCUUCGAUGUCAUGUGCUGCAGUGCAUCCAUCCUCAACUUGUGUGUGAUCAGUCUGGACCGUUACCUCUUCAUCAUCUCGCCGCUGCGCUACAAGCAGAGGAUGACGCCGCCUCGGGCACUACUCCUGGUCGGAGCUGCUUGGGGGUUGGCAGCGCUGGCCUCCUUCCUGCCCAUUGAGAUGAGAUGGCACAGCUUAGGCCACAGGAGUGGACACUCGUUGAUUCCUGGGGUUGGCAUCAGUAAUGUCAGCGCCUACUCCGACAAACUGUACCCAGAGUCCUACUUUCAGCUGUCACCGUCAGGAGGCCCUUCCUUCCAGUGCCGCCUGAGGGUCACCCUUCCCUUUGCCCUUGUUGCAUCACUGCUUACCUUCUUUUUGCCCUCUAGCGCGAUUUGCUUCACAUACUGUCGAAUCCUUCUGGCAGCACGGAGACAGGCGAAGAGGGUUGCUGCACUGAGCCACCCUCCCCACCCACAUCCAUCUCUUGGAGAACCCUCCCGGCCUCCUUCGCCGGGGGUCGCAGCAGGUCAAGCUCAGCAGGACGGUGAUAACUGCAGUCACCAGAAUGUACCGCCUUCAGUGAACAUCGAGCGUCGUCUGGCCCACAGGCAGGGUCGGAGGGCACUGAAGGCCAGCCUGACGCUGGGAGUCCUCCUGGGACUGUUCUUCAGUGCUUGGCUCCCCUUUUUCAUCACUAACAUGGCUCAGGCAGUGUGUGAGUGCAUCCCCCUGGCGCUCUUCGACGCCAUCACCUGGCUGGGCUACUGCAACAGCACCAUGAACCCCAUCAUCUACCCGCUGUUCAUGAGAGACUUCAAGCGAGCUCUGGGGAAGCUCUUGCCGUGCUGCUCCUCGCGGUCGCCCAGGAGACCCUCGCCAGCUCUUUCCCUCUCGCUGCGUAACUCAGGAGAGCCCAACAUGGCCAGUAACCCCCCCUCGCCCCUGGCCUCGGACCCCACCCACCCUCCUGCCACCGCCACCGACGCCGUCAACCUGCUGGACGCCGAGCAUGCUGGGAUUGAGCUGCCUCUGCUUCUACCCAAUCAGGUCGACACCCUGGACUGAGCGGUCAGCUGGAGCUUCAGUGGAAG